AUGCAUACUUCACGACAUCCACAAACGCCUAUAAAGCAAGAGAAGCAAAAGCCUAAGCAGAAGAAGCUGAAGCAAACUGCGUCCAUAACGCAGAGGAAAUUUUUACAACAGCCACUCGUACAGCAACAGCAACAAAAGCAGGAUCCACAACAUAUAUCCACUGUAGAGCAGCAAAACCAAUAUCCAGAAAAUACAUCUGUGAAAAAGCAGCAACAACAGCAAUAUGCUGAUGUAUUUGUAGAACAGAAUCAACGACAACAGCAGCAAACAGAACUCACACCUGCAGUGCAGCAGCGACAAAAUCAGUAUUCGGAACAUACACAUGUACAGCAGAGGACACAGCAACAGCAGCAGCAGCAGCAACCAAAACAUCAGCAGCAGGGCCAAUAUUCACAACAAAUACCUGUAGAACAGAAUCAACGACAACAGCAGCAAACAGAACGCACAGCUGCAGUGCAGCAGCGACAAAAUCAAAUUCCGGAACAUACACAUGUACAGCGGAGGACACAGCAGAGGACACAGCAGCAGCAGCAGCAGCAGCAGCAGCAGAAACAUCAGCAGCAGGGUCAAUAUUCACAACAAAUACCUGUAGAACAGAAUCAACAACAGCAGCAUACACAAGACAAAAACCGAAACAAAAUCCUUUACUUAUACAACCUGCUGUUCACCAACACCAACACCAAUACCAACACCAACACCAACACCAGAAACACCUUCAACAAACACCAGAUAGAUCAGUACUGCAGCAACAACAACAGCAUCGCCAUCAACAGCAACUGGAUCUAA